AUGAAUUAGUUACUACAAUUAUAGUAUAUUUCUUUGUGUUCAAGAGUGCUGUAAGAAUUAGAGAAUCAUACAGGGAUAAAGGACAAGGUGUUGGCUGAAUAUAUUAUUGAUUUAGGUAGACAAAGUAAGGAUGAAAAGGAAUUUAAAUAAAAGUUGGAUGCAGCAAAAGCUGAUUUUACAGAUCAGUUUACAAAUUCUUUAUUCAAUAUCAUCAAGAAGAUGUCUCCUCAAGAAAAAAAGGAAGUAGAACAGCCACCAUAAAUAGAAUAGGUAGUGAAAGAAUAGAAAUUCCCUGGAUUAGCAUUACCAAAUCGUGAAGUGGUUUAAUUAGAGGAUAUGGAAGAGUAAUCACGAUCAAGAUCAUUAUCAAAAAACAAGAAGAAGAAGAAGGAUAAGAAAAAGAAGAAGGACAAAAAUAAGGACAAGGAUAAAGAAAAGGAGAGGGAAAAAGAUAAGGAGAAGAAGGAUAAAAAGGAGCCAUCUUCAUCCCCACAGAGGACUCAUAGAGAUAUCGAGAAGGGACAUAUAUAUGAGGGUGUAGUAACAAAGGUGCAGGAUUUUGGAGUGUUUGUGUAGAUAGCAGGUUUUAAAGGCAGAAAGGAAGGCUUAGUCCAUAUUUCCAAUAUAAGAGAGAAAAGAGUGACCAAUCCUUUUGAUAUUUUGAAAAGAAAUUAGAAGGUGUUUGUGAAAGUGAUUAGUAUUGUGAAUGAAAAAAUAUCAUUGUCAAUGAGAGAUGUGGAUUAAAAUAGUGGUUAAGAGAUAGAGAAGAAAGCUAAGGCAAUGAAUGAAUAUGAUCAAGUGAUUAAAUAAUAGGAGUAGAGUAAGGAUAAUAAUAGAUAUGGAGCAAUAACAGGAGUCAAAUUGGAUUUAGCAUAGGAUGCUUGUAAAAAGAAAGCUAAGAGAAUAGCAUCUCCAGAUUUAUGGGAGAAGACUAGAUUGGAAUACAAUUCAAAAUUAGUUCGUUAGAUAGACAAUAAAGCUAUUGUGGAAGAUUCAGAGUCAGAAGGUUUUGUUUCAGACUCAGAAGAUUUGGAAAUAGAUAUGAAUGAUUAUGAACCUCCUUUUUUAAAGGGAUAAACAACGAAGGCAGGGAUAAAUUUAUCACCAAUUAGAGUUGUGAAAAAUCCAGAAGGGACUUUAUAAAGAGAAGCUUUACAUGCUUAAUAGUUGGCAAGGGAAAGGAGAGAAAUGAGAGAAUAACAAUAAAGAGCAAUAAAUGAGUAGAAUAGAGAUAAAUACAGAGAGGAUCCUUUAGCUUAGAUUUCAGGAAAUAUGAAUUAGAUGUAAGUAGAAAUUCCUGAGUGGAAGAAAGAAGCAAUGUUCAAAUCAAGUGUAAGAAAUAGAACACAUAUGAGUAUUAAAGAAUGGAGAGAAUCUUUACCAAUUUAUAAUUUCAAGAAUGAAUUGUUGGCUGCCAUUAAAGAGAAUCGUAUUCUCAUAGUAAUAGGAGAAACAGGUAGUGGUAAAACUACUUAGAUCACAUAAUAUUUAAUGGAGGCUGGAUAUGGUAGAAAUGGAAUGAAGAUAGGUUGCACUUAACCUAGAAGAGUGGCAGCAAUGUCAGUGGCAAAAAGAGUGGCUGAAGAAAUGGGAGUGUAACUAGGAGAUGAAGUAGGUUAUGCAAUAAGAUUUGAAGAUUGCACAGGUCCUAAUACAAUUAUUAAAUAUAUGACAGAUGGAAUGUUAUUAAGAGAAGCAUUAAUAGAUAAAGAUAUGAGUCAAUAUAGUGUUAUUAUGUUAGAUGAGGCACAUGAGAGAACAAUUAAUACUGAUGUGUUAUUUGGAUUAUUAAAAUAAGUUGUUGCUAAAAGAAACGAUUUCACAUUAAUUGUAACAUCAGCCACUUUGGAUGCUGAAAAGUUUUCUUCUUAUUUUUUUAAUUGUAAGAUAUUUAGAAUUCCAGGACGUAACUUUCCUGUUGAAGUGUUUUUCACAAAUGAACCUGAAGAAGACUAUUUAGAAGCUGCCUAAUUGUGUGUAAUUUAGAUUCAUUUAGAAGAACCAGCUGGUGAUAUUCUAUUGUUUUUAACAGGACAAGAAGAAAUAGACACAGCAUGUUAAGUGCUUCACGAGAGAAUGAAGAAGUUGGGUCCAGAUGCUCCUGAAUUGAUUAUCUUACCUGUUUAUUCUGCUUUACCCACAGAAUUACAACAGAAGAUUUUUGAUCCUGCCCCUACUGGAGCCAGAAAGAUUGUUAUAGCAACUAAUAUUGCUGAAGCAUCAAUCACUAUCGAUGGAAUUUAUUAUGUGGUUGAUCCAGGGUUCUCUAAAAUCAAGGUAUAUAAUCCAAAAUUGGGUAUGGAUUCAUUAAUUAUUGCUCCAAUCAGUUAGGCAUCUGCAUAAUAAAGAGCUGGGAGGGCAGGAAGAACUGGCCCAGGAAAAUGCUAUAGAUUAUAUACUGAAUCAGCAUUUAAUACAGAAAUGUUACCCACUUCAGUACCUGAAAUAUAGAGAACUAAUUUAGCAAAUACAAUUUUAUUAUUAAAAGCUAUGGGAAUACAUGACCUAUUGAAUUUUGACUUUAUGGAUCCUCCACCUGUUCAAACUAUGAUUGCAGCUAUGGAAUAAUUGUAUGCAUUGGGAGCUUUGGAUGAUGAAGGAUUGCUAACAAAAGUAGGUAGGAAGAUGGCAGAAUUCCCUUUGGAACCACCUCAAGCCAAAAUGUUAUUGACUGCAGUUGAUCUGGGAUGUGUGGAUGAAAUCAUUACAAUCAUAGCAAUGUUAUCAGAACCAAAUAUUUUCUACAGGCCAAAAGAUAGAUAACAAUUAGCAGAUCAGAAAAAGGCCAGGUUUCAUAGACCAGAGGGUGAUCAUUUAACAUUGUUAACAGUCUAUGAGCAUUGGAAGAAGAACAAUUUUAGUAAUGUGUGGUGUCAUGAAAAUUAUAUCUAAGCAAGAUCCAUGAGAAGAGCUUAAGAUGUUAGAAAACAAUUAUUAUAAAUUAUGGAAAGAUAUAAGUUCUAAAUUACUUCUUGUGGGAAGGACUUCUGGAAAAUCAGAAAAGCUAUUACUGCUGGUUAUUUCUUCCAUGUUGCUAAGAAAGAUUAAGCUGAAGGAUAUAAAACUCUAUCUGAUAAUCAAUAAGUCUAUAUCCAUCCUAGUAGUGCAUUAUUUAACAAAGGACCGUUGUGGUGUGUGUAUCAUGAGCUAGUCAUGACUUCGAAAGAGUAUAUGAGAGAAGUAUGUGAAAUAGAACCUAGAUGGCUUAUUGAAGUUGCUGAAAAUUAUUUCAAGGCUCACAAUCAAAUGGGAUAACUCUCAAAAACAAAGAAAUCAGAGAAACUCGAUCCAUUAAGUUGCAAGUUUGGAGAUGCAAACGCAUGGAGACUAAGUAAGCGUAAAGGUUGA